AGUUGACACCUGGAUAGAAAUUUGAUAAAUGCCGCGCAAAAUGCAAACUUAUUUUAUUUAUUUUUAUUUAGUAAUUUGUAAAUUAUCUACUUAUCUAAAAUAAAAUUUAAAUGUGAAAAUGCCGCGUGUUAAAAUUGACUAUAUUGUCAGCGUUAGCAGCGAAGAUCCCGAAAACCAAGCAAAUAAUCUACUGGCAGGGGAGGUGAGCAAAAAGAAGUGGCUUUGUCAAAAGAGUGAACAGUCUUCUUCCGUUGUGCUGCAGCUCGCUCGUGCAGUUACGAUAUCUGCAGUUCACAUUGGAGCACAUCAUGCAGCCUUUGUUGAGGUACUGGUGGGAUCGUCUGAGCGACCUAACGAUCAAUAUCAAGUUCUGGUUCCUCGCUGCGUGUUCACCAGCCCAGGUGAGUCCAGGCGAGAUGUGCCAGUGGAUCGCGUGCGCUCCUUCAGUGGGGAUCAGUUGGCUGUGAAGCCCAACUCCCGCUGGGACCGACUCAGGGUCCUGUGCUCGCAGCCAUACAAUAAACAUUGCCAGUUUGGGCUCUCUUUCAUUCAUAUAUAUGAACCAGAGGGUAUUGCGAGCUCAGUGGAGCCGCAGCCAGUAGCUCCCGCUGUUACGGCUUCUGGCAUUAAGAAUAAACUUCUUGAACUUGGCACCUACUCUUCAGACGAGGAUGAGUUCCGACCGGGAGAGCUAUUCGCAAGGCACCGACAAAGUUUGAGCCAAGACGAUGCCAAUACUCAGAACUUGAAUACAGACGCUCAAAUCAGGCAAGCUUCAUCACAAGCAUUGAAAAAUAUAUCCGACGCGGACACAAAGCUAAAAAAGACUCCAAUCAAUAAGACCAGUAACAAAAGAGACAAUCGUGACAGGGGGCAAACAACAGACAGGAGUCGAGACAGCCUUAUGUAUACAGAUGAUGACGAGCAACCUAAUGCGAAAAUUGACCGUGUUGUUAUGAGACAUAAGGAGGACAAAAAUAAAAAGGAAGAAGUUCAUAAAACUAAAAAUAAUGAUAAUGUAAAAAGAGACCAAGAUGAAACAACCAAUAAUAUACAGAAGCAAAGAAAAGAUGAACCUUGUAGUAAAAAUAACGAAAGAAGUAAUAAUAUUAAGACGCCUGAAUCAAGCAUCAAAACUUCCAAACCUAAAGAUGACAAAAGAACUCAUGGCAGCCAAAGAAAAACAGAGAAAGAGAAUAGGAAGAGACGUAGAUCAGAGGAUAGUGACAAUGAAGGCGGUCCGGUAUGCGCGGAGGAGAGUGCGGUGUUGCGCGGCGUGGUGUUUGCACUGAGCGGCUUCGUGCACCCCGAGCGCGGGGAACUGCGGGACGCCGGGCUGGCGCUCGGCGCGCGCUACCGCCCCGACUGGACGCACGACUGCACGCAUCUCGUGUGCGCGUUUCCGAACACGCCGAAGCUGAGGAAGGUGAAGAGUGAAGCGCCGCACGCACACAUCGUGAGCGCGGCCUGGCUGCGCGCCUGCAGGGCUCGGCGCCGCCGCAUGCACGAAGCUCGCUACGCACCGCACGUGCAGCAUUCACAGCAUUCACAGCACACGCAGCAUUCACAGCACACGCAGCAUACGAAGCACACACAGUCUCCACCGCCGCCUCAGUCUCCACAGCCCUCGUCACACGCAGAACAACAAGCGGAGGGCGACACGGACGACGAAAUAGAGAAGGUGCUCCGGGAACAGAAGAAGCGGCGCACCAGCUCGCCUGCACAAUCUGACGACGACGUGGCCUUUAUAUGCGACGAGAGGAUGAAAGGCUCAGUGACGCUAGAUGACUCGGACUAUGACGACACGGAGGAGGAACGCGGCGGAGACGAGGACGACACGAGUCUCACCAACUCGCUGCCUGACUUCUUUGAUGGGAAGACCUUCCUUAUAGCGGAGGAUGUACAGCGGAGUGGCUUUGAUGUAGAGCUGCUGGCUCGCUACGUGCGAGCUUACGGCGGCUUGUUGCUGCAGCAGGAGUCGUGCGCUGAGGAAGGUGCGACAGUGGACUACGUGGUGAGCUUGGGGGAUGGGCGGGAUAUGGGUGUGGGAGGGGUGCGUGUGAAACCACAGUGGGUGUGGCGCUGCCACGAGCUCCGAGCGCUCGCAAUUCCCACCACCACGAUCCUGGCUACCGCAUGACAACACCACGCAUUGCUUACUGAAGCAAUUUAUCAAUAAACAACACAUCCUACUUUAAUUGACUAAUUAUUUCAUACCUCUUAGGGUCAGUUCACACCGAGACGCGCUGUUUUGACGCGGCUUGCACAGUUUUAACCUCGCCUAUACACCAUCGGCCAUGAUUGACAACCACAGAAUGUAGCAUGAUUGUCACAGUCAUUGUGAGGCUACUCACACAAUCGUGCAUCCUAUAUAUUUGUAUUGUCAUCUGUCCGAGAUGGACGUUGAAACAGUUGCAGCUGCCGGUAUUUAUUUACCUAAUUAGUUUAUAUGUAUAACCAUUAUUUAGACGUACACCUUAACAGAGUGGUG